CAAGGAUCACGGAAGUAAAUAGAGCCGCUGGACUUUUGCAGGUGAGAGCCAUGCUCGCCGGCUACAGCCCUGUGAUCCAGGCCUUGCUCGGGACGCUGUUCACCUGGGGUCUGACGGCCGUGGGAGCUGCCUUGGUCUUCAUCUUCUCCAGCGGACAGAAGCGGAUUCUGGAUGGAAGCCUGGGCUUUGCUGCAGGGGUGAUGUUGGCAGCCUCCUAUUGGUCCCUGCUUGCCCCUGCCAUUGACAUGGCUGAGGAUUCUGGGAAGUACGGGUCCUUCGCCUUCGUCCCCGUCGCCGUGGGAUUCACACUGGGCGCUGCCUUCGUGUAUCUGGCUGACCUGGCGAUGCCCCUGCUGGGUGUGGGAGAGGACCCCCACAGGGCUCUGGCCCUCCCCUCGGACUCUAAACCCCCGAAAGAGAAGGAGGAGGAUGCUGUGCCCGAGCUGACGGACCCCCAGGAGCUGUCCAUUCGGAUAGGUAGAGGCGGAAUCCACCCAGAUAAGAUUGAGAACGGAGAGGUGUACCAGAGGAGGAGAGCCCCCCACGCCAGCGCUGCAGAGGAGUCGGGCGUGGCCCCGGGGCCGCGAGGAGAGGCCAGGCAUGCAGCGAGCAGCUGGAGACGCAUCAUCCUCCUCAUCCUGGCCAUCACCAUACACAACAUCCCAGAGGGGCUAGCAGUGGGGGUGGGCUUCGGAGCCAUUGGGAAGACCCCGUCAGCCACCUUCGAGAGCGCCAGGAACCUGGCGAUUGGGAUCGGCAUCCAGAAUUUCCCAGAAGGCCUUGCAGUGAGCCUUCCUCUCAGGGGCAGUGGAGUGUCCACAUGGAAGGCCUUCUGGUAUGGCCAGCUCAGCGGGAUGGUGGAGCCAGUUGCCGGGUUCCUGGGUGCUGUUGCCGUGGUGAUGGCAGAGCCGCUGUUGCCCUACGCCCUGGCUUUUGCCGCCGGUGCCAUGGUGUACGUCGUCAUGGAUGAUAUCAUCCCCGAGGCUCAAGUCAGUGGCAAUGGGAAGCUGGCUUCCUGGGCCUCCAUCCUGGGCUUUGUGGUGAUGAUGUCACUGGAUGUGGGUCUGGGCUGAUCUCCCGAUCAACAUGGCAACCGCCAAGGAAAAAAGGGACGAAAUUUGCCUACUCCAAAACUUCCGCUUUUCUUUUAC